CAGCACUGGGCCAUGGCCAUUAAGAGUAUGAAAGAGUGAGGUUUAAACGUAAUUAAAUUAAGGUGUUAUUUGUUUAUUGUGUUUUAAGUAUAUUUUAAAAUAAGUUAUUUAAGUUUAUGUGUAUUUAUAUUUAUUUCUAUUACAAUAAGCAACCAAUGAAAAAUGUCGAACAAAAUUGUUGUUAAUACCCAUGACAACACAAAAGUUGAAGUAAAAAGUAAGUUAGAUGCUGAGUUUAGGCGAUUCUGUUUGGAAAAAGAUUCCAAUUCCAAAUUUGACGAAUUUCGUUCUCUUAUUGAACGACUUCAUCAUUUAAAAGAUAUAGCAUUUUUGGUAUCAUAUAUAGAUCCGAGUGAUCAAGAUCUGCUUCCAAUUAAUAAUGAUGAUAAUUUACGGAAAGCAUUGGUUAAUGCUAAACCACUUCUUAGAGUCAUCGUUCAAAGAAAAGGUGACAGUCUUGAGGAACUUAACGGAUAUGGUACCAUGAAACACCGCAAUCUGAUUUCGACCAUCCUGGGCGGCGGAACUCCAGGAAGAGUCAAACCGCUCGCAAUUUCGAACCCGCAUGACUUUCGACAAGUGUCGGCUAUCAUAGAUGUCGAUAUUGUGCCUGAGACAUGUAGACGUGUGCGACUGCUUAAACACGGAUCAGAUAAACCACUUGGAUUUUAUAUAAGAGAUGGGACAAGCGUUAAAGUCACUCAAAAUGGGCUAGAAAAAAUUCCGGGUAUAUUUAUAUCCAGAUUGGUUCCUGGAGGUUUGGCGGAAUCUACUGGGCUUUUGGCGGUAAACGAUGAAGUUCUUGAAGUAAAUGGUAUAGAAGUGUCAGGAAAGACACUUGAUCAAGUAACAGAUAUGAUGGUGGCAAAUAGCUCAAAUCUAAUUAUAACUGUUAAACCUGCAAACCAGAGAACAGUGGGACCUGUAAGAAGGGGCAGUUUUGGAAGGAACUCUCAGCUUAGCAGUGGUUCACAUCAAAGUCACACGACUCAAGGAUCUGAUGCUGAGGAUAAAUAUGACCAAGACGAAAUAGUUGAUUUAACAGGAGCCACAUUAGACGAUAGCGGCAGCACGAAAGAGGAUACAAUUUUGCAUUUUUAAUUAUUAUUUUUAUCCACUGAGACUUAUCUUCUAUGUUGCUUACAUUAAACACACCAAAUUUUUUACUGGUUUCUCAUAAAAUACUACAACACAAAAAUAAUAUCAUCGCCAAGCUACUAAGGGCUGGUUUUAUCAAAGUCCAGUUAAAGUUGCAGUUAGUUAUCUGGCAGCUAAUUUUCAUGGAUACCAUUGUUCUCACAACGAUUGAUAUGAAAUUUAACUGUCAGAUAGACUAACUAGAACUUAACCAGUAAGUCUUUUAGUAUGUAUCGUCGGUUAAAAUAUAAAUAUUACAUAAAAUGGGACUUAAACUAAUUAAUUACUUUUUAUUUAUAAAUUAUUUAUAUUCGUUUUAGUACAAGUUAAAGAUUGAAAUAUGUUUCCA